AUAUAUAUAUAUAUAGUGUCCCACUUCAUCUAUCUUUAUAUCUAUAUCUCCAUUUUAUUUCUUCUUAAUUUUCUUGUUGAUAGUAAAUUAUCAAUCAAUUUGGAGAAAAUUAAGAAGAAAUAAAUAAAAAAAAAUGGAGGGAGAUUUGUUUCCGUUCUUGACAAUGGUUAUCGUGCAGUUAGGGUACGCGGGGAUGAACAUUAUAUCUAAAGUAGCGAUGGAUUCCGGUAUGAACCCUUACGUCCAUGUCGCGUACCGCCAAGUUUUCGCCACCAUCGCCAUUGCUCCUUUUGCUUAUUUCAUGGAGAGGAAAACACGGCCUAAAAUGACAGCAUCAAUAUUUUUCCAAAUUUUCUUAUGUUCCAUAUUUGGGGUAACAGUGAAUCAAAUCACAUAUUUCGUGGGAUUAAAGAAUUCAACUCCAACAAUUGCAUGUGCACUAACCAAUAUCAACCCUGCAGUCACAUUUAUCAUGGCUGUUCCUUUCGGGCUAGAAAAAGUGGGAGUGAAGAGCAAGGCAGGGCAAGCAAAAGUGAUGGGGACAAUAAUAUGUGUAGGGGGAGCCCUAUUAUUGUCAUUUUACCAUGGAUCAAUAGUGGAUAUAGGAAAAUCAAGUAUUCAUUGGAAAUAUGCUGAGCAAACUGGAACUAAGUCUUCAAUUAAUCAUGUCAAUUUCAUUUUGGGUCCAAUUCUUCUCAUUGUUAGUGCCAUUUCUUGGGCUAUUUGGUUAAUCAUCCAAACAAGAGUAAGCCAGAAGUACGGGGCUCCAUACUCGAGUUCAGCAUUGAUGUGUCUAAUGGCAACUUUCCAGUGUGUGGUCGUCGCCUUCUUCUUCGACCACAACUUAUCGGCAUGGUCACUCACUUCCAACAUAAGGAUUAUUUCAAGCGUGUAUUCGGGAAUAGUGUGUUCUGCACUAGCAUUUUGCCUCAUGUCAUGGUGUAUAGAGAGGAAAGGCCCUCUUUAUGUUUCGGUGUUCAGCCCUUUGUUGCUCGUUAUCGUGGCGAUUCUCAGCUGGGCUUUGCUCGAGGAAAAGCUCUUCGUUGGAACAGUUGCAGGAUCAGUAUUAAUUGUAUUGGGACUGUAUGGAGUUCUAUGGGGUAAGAAUAGAGAGAUGAGCUCUAUUUAUCACAUUGAAGAAGAAGCAGCAGAAAAAAAGGCAACCCCCAUUUAUGACUUGGAAUCUCUCUCAUAAAUGUCUAAGGAAGGAGAAAUUAAAAGAAUAAACUUUAUUUUAUUUCAUUUCUUUUCUAAUUAAAAUUUAAAAUUUUGGCUUACCAAUAGUUUAUAAGAUAAUUAUUUGUAAUAAAUUUAUCUUAUCUAUGAAAAUUUGAUUAUGAAUUCGAAAUCUUUAGUUUAGAUUAUUAUUAUUAUAAAUUAUCGAUUUUAACGAUUAUAAAUUGCAACC